UGUGCGGGGAAACCUCGCAGCUCAAAGAGAGUACAGAGAGCUCAGAAGAGCAACUGUUAGAGCAGAGAGAGACAAACAGACCCGAGACACAUUGCUCCACAAGUACAAAGUCCACUCACAACAGCAUCCAAACAAUCCUGAUUGGAUGAGCAGCUUCAUUUAUUACAAGAAUCAAAAUUGAUCCGUUGAUUAAUUUUGAUGAAUUUUAGGGGAUGAGCACAAAGGACAUUUUGAUUUUUUUGUGAUCAAAGUGGAUUUUUUUCUAAACUUUGAGAAGGAAAACAACAGAACACCUGGCAAGUCACGGAGGAAGGCAGAAACCACUGUCUUCCACAGCAUCAGCAGAAGUGAUCAGCGCUCCCUCAGUGAUCCAGUCCACCUGCGAGGCUGUGCUCUGCCAGCACACACUCGCACACAGCCUCCCUCCACUCUACAGCAGCCGCCAGCGCAGCCUCAGCCGUGCAGCUUCAGCACCAGCAGAGGAUGGCUGCAGCCAAGACCGAGAUGAUCCUGCCUACCCUGCAGAUCUCUGAGUCUCUCAGCUUUCCUCACUCCCCCAUGGAUAACUACCCCAAGCUGGAGGAGGUGAUGAUGCUCAGCUCAGCAGGGACUCCUUUCCUCACCGCCUCUGCACCCGAAGGUGCUGGCUUUGGCUCCGGUGAGCCAGGAGAACAGUACGACCACCUUGCUGGAGAUACGUUACCUGAUAUCCCCUUCAGCUGUGAGAAGCCAGUUGUGGAGCAGACCUACCCCACCCAGAGGUUGCCCCCCAUCACUUACACCGGCCGCUUCACUCUAGAACCCGCCACCUCAUGCAGCAACAGCCUCUGGGCGGAGCCCAUCCUGGGCCUGUUCACCAAUCUGAUGAGCAAUGUUGGUUCCACCACCAGCUCUUCCUCUGUUUCCUCACAAACCACCCUGUCCUCGUCCUCGGCCAUUCCAUCCUCCACCACAUCUUCCUCAACCUCUUCGUCGUCUCAGAGCUCCAGUCUCAGCUCCUCGAUUCACCACAGCGAGCCCAACCCAAUCUACUCGGCAGCUCCAACUUACUCCAGUCCAAACUCUGACAUCUUUCCAGACCAGGGUCAGGCAUUCCCUAGCUCAUCUGGAGCAGUGCAGUACCCACCCCCUGCCUACCCUAACAGCAAAGCCUGCAGCACGGGCUUCCCUGUACCCAUGAUUCCUGACUACCUCUUCCCACAGCAGCAAGGGGAGAUCAGCUUGGUGCCCCCAGACCAAAAGCCCUUCCAGAGUCAGUCGAGCCAGCCUUCUCUCACGCCUCUGUCCACCAUCAAGGCCUUUGCCACUCAGACGGGUUCACAGGACAUAAAAGGUGUCUACCAGUCCCAACUGAUUAAGCCCAGCCGCUUACGCAAGUACCCCACCCGGCCGAGCAAGACGCCACCACACGAAAGGCCCUACGCUUGCCCCGUGGAGACGUGUGAUCGCCGUUUCUCGCGGUCCGAUGAGCUGACACGCCACAUCCGCAUCCACACUGGUCAGAAACCAUUCCAGUGCCGCAUCUGCAUGCGAAACUUCAGCCGCAGCGACCACUUGACAACACACAUCCGCACUCACACCGGCGAGAAGCCCUUCGCCUGCGAAAUAUGCGGCCGCAAGUUUGCCCGCAGCGACGAGAGGAAACGGCACACAAAGAUCCACCUACGGCAGAAGGACAAGAAGGCAGAGAAGGCUGGAGCAGUGGCAGUAACAUCAGCACCGGUGUCAGUUGCCUCCCCCGCCUCCAGCUACCCCUCUCCCAUCACAUCCUACCCCUCUCCAGUGUCUUCUUACCCCUCUCCAGUCACUUCCUGCUACUCCUCACCUGUCCACACUUCCUAUCCAUCUCCUUCAGUCGCCACCACCUACCCGUCAGUGUCAAUGUCCACUACCUUUCAAUCCCAGGUGGCCUCGUCCUUCCCGUCCUCGGUUGCGUCUAACAUCUACAGCUCCCCCGUCCCCACCCCGCUGUCAGACAUGCAGACCACCCUCUCCCCAAGGACAAUCGAGAUCUGCUAAAACACACACACAAAAAAAAAAAACCAGAGCAAGCAGAAAAUAAACUUUUUAUACUCUCUACGCACCUCGACUUCAGCAAGAGUCUUUUUUUAUUUGAAGGGAAAGAAAUCAACAUCAAAAGGACUUCGUCUUCUUCCUCCAAAAGGCACUUUUCUGCUCUCUGUGCAGUGUCGGGUGAAUCUUGAGAUAUACCUGAGAGACAGAAACAAAAGAGACAUGUCAAGGACUGGGCAAGGACAAUAUAAGAUGAAAAGGGAUAUUUUAUUUCCUGUCUUUGUAAAACAAAUACAGCCCUUCAAAUGCACGAGGGACUCCAGACACGGGGAGUAGAAAGCGGCUCUGGCGGCUCUGCCAGGAACUUCGGAGUGCCAGCGUUGCCGUGCCGAAGCACGUCCGUCCUUGAGGCAUUCAUUCAAAAAGACAUUGAGUAAUAUACAUAAGCUAUCAUGUAUGUAUAUUGUACAUGUGCCAUGUUUCGUUUUCUAAUCAUUCUUUGGUACCACUGAUGUGAACAAUUAUUUGCAUAUUUGCAUUGUAUUAUUUGAAGUGAGCAGGGCCAUAAUUUCUACAUACUUUCUUCUGUUAUGUAGUGAUGAUGCUGUGAUAUGUUUUGACAUUGUUAAAAAAAAGAAAAGCACUUAAGUAUUCGAGCAUGAGUAAGAGUGAUGUUACUUUCUGUUUGUAAAUAUCAUCCCACGGUACUAUCUCUUUCUCACAUGUGACAUAUCGCUUGGUUGUAUGGAAAAAUUCCAAAAUUGGACAAAAAAAAUCCAAACAAGAGAAACGCUCCUGUUAUUUGGUGCCUUUAGUGAAGCCUUGCAGAUGUUGUGACUCGGCCGAGCGCGAGAGAGGAUGCACUGCAUCUCGCCUUAAGGGUGGAGGGAAUAUUUUUGUUACAGAAUGUACGAGGAGAGGAGGGGGAAGGGGGUGAGCUGUGAGGGCACCGCUUCAUUUUGUCAGAAUGUAAGCAAAAAACAACAAAUAAGAUAAAAAGUAUAAAGGUAUAUUUUUGUAAAACUUACAUGUAAAUAUCCACAUCUUCAAGAGCUGGAAUGUUGAAGUUACCUACUGAGUAGGCAUGGGAUUCUUUUGUAUGUUAUUUACAUGCAGUUCAUUAUUUUGUGGUUAUCUUUAUUUUGUAUUUGUGUUUGUUAAAACAAGUGACUGUUUCUGGCUUCUAAACACAUUGAAUGCGCUUAACUGCCAAUGGGAUAUUUGGUGUACAAGAAAUCCUCCCAGAAAUGAAAUAUAAAUAAAAAUAUAAAUAUAUAUGAA